AUGACCAACAAUAGCUAUGAAAAAAUAAAACCAAACCAUGAAACUGGUAUAGAAAUGGAGGACAAUAUUAAUUUAAAUAAUAAUAAUAAUAAUAUUAAUAAAAACGAUAAAGAAAAUAAUAAUGAUUAUGAUAAAGAUUUAUUAAGAAUUAAAGUAAAGAAUGCAGAAGAUCCAAUAAUAUAUAUAAAUUUAAAAGGAACCGAUAAAAUCCAAUUAUUUAAAUCAAUGAUAUUAAAGCAAAAAGAUAAACAGUCUCAUUAUAAUUGUAGGAUAAUUUUUAAUGGUAAAAUGUUAAAAGAUGAUCAAACAAUAGCAGAUUGUAAAUUAAAUAAUGAUAGUGUCGUUAUAUGUUCAAUAACUGAACCUUUAAAUAUACAACCAACUCUUGCAAUCAUACCAAAUUCCACUACCACCACUACCUCUGAAAUAAAUAAUAAUAAUACAGCACAUCCAUUUACACCACUACCAACACCACCACAAAGACAAAAUAUACAUCAAGAUUUCAUACUGGAUAUGGAAAGAGCAAGAAUUUUAUUAAAUGGCAAUGGUAAUGGUAUAGAUAUUGAUGAUACGACUGGAGUAACCGUUACACAAAACAAUAGAAAUUUUUUAUUUAUUAAUGAAAAUAGUGCUGCAAGAGAAUCUUUAGAAUUAUUUUUUGGAUUAUCAUUUGGUUUUUUUUUUGGACCUUUGUCACUGUUUUGGAUAAGUAAAUCAUAUCUUUCUAGAACUGCAAAAUUAGGUAUAGUAAUGGGUGUUAUAUUCUCUGUAUCAUUAUCACUUGUAAGAAUGUCUUCAACCCAAGCAACUUCUUAA